AUGAUAGAAAUCAAUUUAAACUAUCUUGAAAUGAUCUAUUAUAUUCAAGAUCUUGAUAAAAUCAACUUAAAAAUUAACAACUCCAUUGCCUUUCAAAAUCCAAAAUCUUCUUCCUCAUCACCUUUCCCAUCUCAAUAUCCUGAUAAUAUCACCAAUUAUUUUAACACAGACUUCCCGAUUAUCUCGCUAAACAAAUCUUAUUCAUCAAAUCAUUCCAUCAUAUCCCUAUCUUUAAUUGAUCCUCAAAAUUUAAAGCUUAAAGAUAUUUUUUUUGAUAAAUUAAUUAAUUUUAAGAAUUAUAAAAAUAUUGCAAGAAAAAAAAUUGCUCAAUCCAAUUUAAUUAUUUCGCCAUUAACAUCUCAGUCUUUAAAAAACAAUAGAAAUAAUAACAACAAUACACAUGAAAAUACAUCCUUUUCAAAUGUUACUACUGAAAACACAUCCUUCCAGCCUCUUGAAACUUUUUUAACAAAUGAUACUACUAACGAUGAUUCUCAAUCAUCGAAAUUAAAGCAAAAUGACAAAAGCGUUAAAGAUGUUUUAGAAAAUUUAUGUAAUCAGAAAAUUCCUGAUUUCAAUAAAUCAAAAACAAAUGCCCCUAAACCUGUGGUUGCCGAAGCACAAAUUAUUGAACAAAACACCGUUGAAUCAAACAUUUCUAAGCGUAUAAAAGCUAGACCAAAAAGAAAAGUUAAAACAACGACAAAACAAAAACAUGAAUUUAAAAAUUUGGAAACUUUUCAAGAAUUGAAAACACAAAAUAAUAAUAAAAAUAAUAAAACCAAAAACAUUAAAAAAACGACGAAAAAGAUUGCUGAUAAUAAUCAUAAAAAGAGUAUGGUUCAACAAAAGGAUAAUGGUGAUAUUUGUAUUACCACCAAUGAUACAAAUGAAAAACAAAAGCAAAAACAAAGCGAAAAUUUAAUUGAAAUUGUUGAUAAAACAGAUUUCAAUUUUAAUGUUGAUAAACUUAAACCACUUAAAAAAUACUCUUCAAGAAAAAAAGUUUUAAAAUCUAUAGCAAAAUUGCAUAAUAAGGUUUAUGUUACUGAAUCAAUAAAAAAAAAAAUAAAUAACAAUAAAGACAUUUGGGAUCUAUCAUCAACAUCUUCAGAUAAUGAAAAAAAUGGCACAGAUAAAAUUGAAAAUAAUCUCAACCUCAAUAACAUUUAUAUAAAUCAAAAAUCUUUGAAAGAAAAUCAAAAAAAAAGAACUAAUUCUGAUGCUGGUUUUGAAACUGCUGAAGAACCAAAUUCCUCAUCAACUCAAUUGCAAAACAAUAAAAUAUUAAAACAAAAAAAUUCAAUUUCUUCACAAAAAUCCCAAAAAGAAAAUGAGCCCGAAGAACAAAUUAGUCUUACUAGCGACGAUUUAGAUUUAAGCAUUGGCAAUAAAAGAAUAAAUUCUACUGCAACAGCUGAAGAUAAUUCGUACUACCCAUCAUCACCGUUAAUCAGUGCAAAAAUAAGAGCUAAUCAAAGAAAAGAAUCAAUGUUAAAUAUUAACAAGAACCAUGAUGAGGCAUCAGAUGAAGAAAUUAACAUUUCAACAAAGAAACGAAAUAAAAUGAGAUAUCUUAUACCAGAUUCCGAAGUUGAAAGUUUGCCAAAAGAAAUAAGACAAGAACCACAAAAUUUCAUUGAUAAGCCAGUAGAUAGCUUUGAAAAUAAUAAAUUUAUAAAGCUAGAUCAAAGUAAUAUCCAACAAGAAUUGACUAGAAAAAACCCUCCACGAAAAGGCAGGGCCAGACGUUCAGUUAUUCAACAACAAAUUUUAUCUUCUGUGUCUGCACAAUAUACGCAAUCACAUAGAAACCUUCCAAGAAUCGAGGAAGAAACCACUCCAACAAGGAUCAUAAAAGAAAUGGAACAAAAUCAGGAUGAGUGCAACGAAAAAGUAAACAUAGGAUCUGGACUACUUGAACAAUCUAAUUUUCAAACAAGCGCUCAAAUUGGUGAUGAAAUUGAAGAAAACAUUAUUCAAGAAAAAUUGUAUCAAUCACUAACCUCGAUCUCAGCUUGUCUAGUCAAUCGAAUGAAAAACGUCGAACAAGCCAUAACUUUUAAAGCCAACGAAAUAAAAAAUGAAGUUGAACAGAAAAUUGAAGAAAUGCAAAAAUUCAGCGAUGAAAAAAUGAAGGAGUAUUUACAUUUUGUCAAAUCGCUAAAUGAGAACAUUUCUUCAAGCGAUGCCGAGUUAAACAAAUUAUUAAAAGGGUGA